UUAGAUGAGGCAACAAGGAAAGACCUUUUCACCGACACUUUCUGUAAGGUUUGCAGGGCAGUGCUGCAGUUUGAGUCUCAAAGGAUGUCACACUAUAAGGGCAAAAAACAUGCUCAGAAAGUUCGUUUUUACAUCCAGAUGCAUGGUGAGAAAGAUGAGAGGCAGGAGCAUGGCAAACAGAAGAAAACAGAUUGUAUCAGUUUUCAGAUGGAUGGGAGCAGAGCAGUGGACAGAAACAAAUACUGCAAUCUCUGCAACGUGUUUUUUACUUCCCCAGUUGUUGCUUUGUCUCACUACUUGGGAAAGGUCCAUGCUAAAAAGCUGAAGCAAUUAUCAGGAGGCCAAGCCCACAUGCCAGCACAGAGCCUGCAGCCUGUUCCUGCUUUUCAGAAGCCAUUGGCUGAGAAGCCCUCGUUGCCUUCAAAAGCUGAAGAGUCUUUGUCAUUCUCCAACACGAGGUUGAAGUUAGAUGAUCCAGACAAGUACUGCAAGCUCUGCUGUGCUCCUUUCAAUAAUCCAUUUGCAGCCCAGCAGCAUUAUGUUGGUAAGAAACACAGAAGAAAUGAAGCACGGAAGAAGAUACUGGAGGAGCUUGGAGACAAAGGUGUCCCUGCUGAAUCCAGCACGAACAGUUCCUUCUUUUCACCCAUCGGGGUUGGUUAUUACAUGUGCCCUGUAUGUAACAUCUCACUCACAUCUAUAGAAACGUACCAGUCCCACGUGCAAGGAAAUAAGCACCGGAUUAAAGAAACAGGGCUUGCCAAUCUCAUGAAGAAAUCAAAGAAACCAUAUGACUCCUGUCAAGAUGAAUUAAGGGAUUACAUUAAAGUUCAGAAAGAUAGAGGUCUAGAGCCAAGAAGGCAUUUAGGAAAAGCAGAAGAGGAAGAGCUUCAGGAUAAAAACAUUGAACAAGGAAGUCACCUUGGUGAGGUUAUAUCUUCAAACUUUAAGCGUGAACAAGCCCAGCAUUCCAGUCUUUUCUCAAAAACCCAGUCACCUACAAAUACUGGGGAAAAUAGAUCACCAAGCUGGCCAUCAGCUUGUGAGCAUGCAGUGGAAAAUACACCUAAUUGUCACUAUAACAAGGGAUACUGUAAAGAAGAGCAAGCAUCUGAGGUGGCCACCAUCAGAGAUGAGAGCUUCAGCCUAUCAGUUACAGAAUCUAGAGACUGCUAUGAAUUUAUGCUUGCUGAAACUUCGACCAGCUCCUCCAGAAAAGAACAGAAAUUUCAGAUGAAACAUUUUGAGGAGGAAAAAUACAUCAGUGAAGAGCUGAAAUGUAAGAAAGAAGCCACAAAGCAGAAAAGAAAGAAGAAUAGUGAAGGUGCAAAUUUUGGAAAAGAAAGUGAGACACAAAAGAGAAUUAAAUUUGAGAUCGACUUGGUAGAUGAGAAGAAAUCGAGACCUUAUGAAGUCAGAAGACCUAAAGAAAGCCCCACUGAGAAAGGGAACGGUAAGCACAAAAAGGAUAAAAAGAAGCCACAGACAGAUGGCAAAAGAGAAGAGGAGCUACUUUGGGAUGGAUCUGUCUUGGGAUAUUGGUAA